AUGCCUUCCCAUAAUAUUCUUUUGGUUAACGGUCCUAGUCUCAACCUUUUGGGUACCCUAUUGCAGCACGGCAUAUCCGCCUCUUGCUUCCAGUCGAAUUCGGAAGCUGAUAUUCGGAAUCGAAUCCACCAGGCCCGGGAAGAUGGCGUAGCCGACAUCAUUAUUUAUCCGGCCGCAUAUACAUAUAUGUCAGUCGCAAUUUAUGAUGCCCUUUUUGGGGUCGGGAUUCUAUUGCGGGAGAUAUUCGGCCAUCACAGCUAUCUUACUGGCAAGGCCUCCGCAGUAAUCUGCGGAAUGGGGGUCUACGGUUACUUCGCUGCACUGGAUUGGUGGGUAUGAAACCUUUCCAGGGAAGAUAUUAUUUGAUUUGUAUCUGAAAGUCUGUGGUGUGCAUCAAUACAGUGAUAGGAGGAGGUCUUAUAUAUGGGGGGAUGGUAUUCAAAUCCCUCGGGGCUUAUCAAUUGUGUAGCACUUCUC